AUGUCCCCCCUCCACUUCACAGACCACGUCGUCCUCGUCACAGGCGCAGCCAGCGGCAUCGGCAGGGUCUACGCACGCUUCUAUGCCGCCAGGGGCGCCAAAGUCGUCGUCAACGAUGUCUCUCAUAAAUCCGCACAGGCUGUCGUAGACGAGAUCAACAGCGCUGGAGGCAAAGCCGCCAUCGCCCUUGGGUCUGUCACGGAAGGCGACAAGAUCGUUGCCCAAGCCGUCAAGGCCUUCGGGACAGUACAUGUACUCAUCAACAAUGCUGGUAUAUUGCGCGACAAGGCGUUCAAGAACAUGACCGAUGAACAGUGGGACCUCGUCAUCGCUGUCCACCUCAAGGGGGCCUUCUCUUGCUCCAAAGCAGUGUGGCCUUUGUUCAGACAGCAGAAGUUUGGACGAAUCAUCAACACCUCUUCAGCAGCUGGGCUUUACGGCAACAGAGGACAGGCCAACUAUUCCGCAGCCAAGAGCGGACUUGUCGCGUUCACCCGGACUUUGGCCAGGGAGGGCGCCAAGUAUGACAUCAAGGCGAAUGUAAUCGUACCGAUAGCUGCAUCGGCCAUGACCGAGACUAUCAUGCCACCCGACAUGCUCAAAGGCCUGAGGCCAGAGUUUAUCGCCCCCUUCGUCGGGCUGUUGACCGCCAAGAACGGGCCGGAUGUGAAUGGACGCAUCUUUGAGCUUGGUGCGGGCUUCUUCUCUGAAGUUCGUUGGGAGAGGUCUAAAGGCGCCAUCUUCAGAGCCGACGACACCUUCACCCCCUCCGCCGUUGCUCUCAAAUGGGACCAAGCGAGCGACUUUACCCAAUCCGACCAUCCCCUCAAUACUACCGACGGGGAUAUGGCAGGUUGGGCCAAGCAGGCUGCUACGUCUCCACCCAACAAGCAACUUUCGCCUCCUAUCGACUUCAAGGGAAAGACUGUAAUCAUUACUGGGUCUGGUGCAGGCCUUGGUAGAGCUUAUGCUUUGAUGUUUGGCGGUCUCGGCGCGAACGUGGUCAUCAAUGAUGUGGUGCAGGACAACGCUGCCAAUGUCGUCAAGGAAGUCGAAGCUCUCGGCGGAAAGGCUGUGGCAGCAGUGUGCUCUGCUGAAGAAGGCGAGAAGAUUGUCAAGGCCGGUGUGGAUGCCUUUGGCACCAUCGAUGUGCUUGUGGCCAAUGCCGGUAUCUUGCGAGACAAGGCUUUCGUAAACAUGACUGAGCAAAUGUGGGACCAGGUCAUCCAGGUCCAUCUCCGUGGCACUUUCAAGUGUGCCAAAGCGGUUUGGCCCAUUUUCGAGAAGCAGGGACACGGACGCAUCAUCACCACCGCCUCCCCUAACGGCAUCUUUGGCACAGUAGGCCAAGCCAAUUACUCUGCUGCCAAAGCCGCCAUCAUCGGUCUCACCAGAUCUCUCGCUAUAGAGGGCGAAAACAAGGGCAUCCACGUCAAUUGCAUCGCUCCCAGGGCUGCCACAGCUAUGACGGCGACCGUCUGGACCAAAGAGUUGAUGGACAUCUUCAAGCCCGAGACUGUGGCGCCUGUCGUGGGAUUCCUCGCUUCUGACGCCUGUGAAGAUAAUGGAACGUUCCAUGAGGUGUUUGGGGGUUAUGUGGGAAAGAUGAGGUGGGAGAGGACUUAUGGCGCCGUCUUCCCAAAUGACAAGGAAGUGACGCCCGAGCAAAUUCUCGGCAAGUGGAAGCAGAUCACCACCUUUGACGAUCGUUCCAGUCACCCCUCUUCACCCUCUGAGGCUUUGCAGCAAAUCGUCGAAAACUUUGAGAAUACUGCCCGAGAAGCGAGCGAAGGUGUGGAAAGCUUUGAGGAUCCAGAAGACACGGAGGAGAUCAAGGCUGCCAAAAAGGUGGAACCAGAGGCGCACGAGUUCCCUUACCAGGAGCGCGAUGUCAUCCUGUACAACCUCGGAGUCGGCGCCAAGGUCGAAGAGCUCCAGUGGGUCUAUGAAAACGCUGAUGGGUUCACUGCUCUUCCUACUUUCGGAGUCAUUCCCCAGUUUGGCAGCUCCCACACGAUCGACAUUGGCUCUAUCGUCCCCAACUUUAACCCCGCGAAAUUGCUCCACGGCGAACAAUAUCUCAAGAUCAAAGCUCCGAUUCCCACAUCUGGCACCCUCGUCAGCUAUGCCCGCCUUCUAGAGGUACUCGAUAAGGGUAAGGCUGCUUCGGUGACUUAUACCAUCGAGACAAAGGAUAAGGAGACGGGCGAGGUCAUCUUUGAGAAUCAGAGUACCACUGUUUUGAGAGGCAGCGGUGGGUUCGGCGGAAAGAGGAACGGUAAUGACCGUGGCGCAGCGACUGCUCUCAAUGCGCCCCCAAAGAGGAAGCCCGACGCGGUCAUGGAGGAGCAAACAACUCUCGAGCAAGCCGCCAUCUACCGUCUCUCUGGCGAUUGGAACCCUCUCCAUAUAGACCCCGAGUUUUCCUCCAUUGGUGGCUUCCCCAAGCCUAUUCUUCACGGUCUUUGUUCGAUGGGAAUUGCAGGCAAGCAUGUACUCAAAGCUUUCGGGCCUUAUGAGGAUAUCAAAGUCCGUUUCGCUGGGACUGUCAUCCCGGGAGAGACGCUGGUCACCGAGAUGUGGAAAGAAGGCAACAAGGUCAUCUUCACCACCAAGGUGAAAGAAAGGGGAGCACCUGCUUUGAGUAACGCGGCCGUUACCCUUGUGGAAGGGGAGAAGCCCAUGAAAGCCAAAUUGUGA